CCCUGGCAUAUAUGGCGCCGUCCAUAAACCCUUGCGGAAGUCACAUGGGAACAUAUGGUCGAUCUAUGCCAUCUGCACUCGCGUACACUCGUGCGUUUGUGGGCUGGCAUGGACGAAAGGCUAGGCCUAAGCCUACCCGUGUCUCGUGAACGAUGAAGCUAGUGAAUGAUGAGAGGGGAAGAACGAGCGUUUUGGGGUUCCUCGCCGGUUUUGUGGCAUUUUACGGACCGGUUUUGGGAGUUGAUGGCUCGUGGACUCAUCGCAUCGCCCUCGUAGCUGUCUCCACCGGCGUCCUCCUUGCAACUUUCCGAUACUUCCUCUCAACUACAAACUUCCAGGAUUUAUUGCAGAUUGGAUGGAGAGGAGGACUGCUAGGAUUGGUGUUUGCAGUGGGCACCAAUGUCAUGGUGCAUGGAUACCCCACAUACUUUGGAUAUGGAUCAUACCUGGCUUUCCUUUCCUUUUUUCACUUCUCUGAAUAUGUGACAACAUCUUUGAUCAAACCUGCCUCAUUAUCCCUGAGUUCCUACCUUCUGAACCAUAGUCGAGCAUAUCAUAAAGCAGCUGUGGCAAGCUGGACUGAGUUCUUCCUUGAAGUCUUCUUCUUUCCUGGGAUGAAGCAUAGGCCUAUGCUGUGGAUCCUGGGGAGUACACUCUGCUUAAUUGGGGAAGGUUUGAGAAAGGCAGCCAUGUUCACUGCUGGUUCCAAUUUUGAUCACGUUGUUCAGGAAAAAAAGGAAGAGGGUCAUGCCCUGGUCACGAGCGGGGUGUAUGCUCUAUGUCGCCAUCCAAGCUAUCUUGGCUGGUUUCUCUGGUCUAUUGGCACUCAGGUGCUGCUAUGUAAUCCCCUUUGCACUGUUGGCUAUGCAGUGGCUUCAUGGAACUUUUUUGCAAGUCGAAUUUAUUCGGAGGAGAUCACUCUCAUUGACUUCUUUGGAGAAGAUUACCUUCGCUAUCAAGAAAGGGUCCCAUCUGGGGUUCCUUUUAUCAAGGGGUUCCAAGUCUCCUUGCAACCUGAACUGGAAUCAGAAGAUGAGGAAUCAGACAGAAAUGAGUCAGACUGAAGGAACCUUGAUAUGCUGCUUCCCUCAAUGAAAUUUCUGGAAUUGUGGCUUAAGUGUUUCUCCUCAUUGAAAUAUGUAAUUUUUUAAGAAUUUUACUCACAUGCUAGAAGAUGAGAAUUCAGAUUGGCUUUUGUACAUCCUUGAACUUAUUUUUUACUAUUGGACACACAAGACAACAGACAGUAACCUGUCAUGGUCAGUAAAGGAAGGCAGUGCCUAUUCAAUGAUUCCCCCCAUUUGAAAAAAGGCCUCAUGAUUGGCAUGAUUGCUUUUUAAGGUGUGCUGAAUUUGUACCUCCUUGACAUGGCAUGCAGAGUGGCAUGUGUGUUACUCUGAUGAUAGGCAGAUACUCCCCAGAUGAUCAGUCACAUGUUGGCAUAGAAGAGCCUACCAAGAGUAGAUACUGCUCUUCCUGGGUUUGAGGUGAAAGCCCUACCAGUUGAACAGUAAAUGAACUCAUUCCUUAACCCUUAAAAUCAGAAGGUGCUAAUAUAUUGACCCUUUGUAUUCAUAUUAAAAUUUCCAAGGUGCUGACCAAUUGGCAAUGGCUUUAUGUGCUAAUAGGUAAAUUGGAUUUAUAAUGAUUUUUCAAAUAACACUG